CAGGUUGUAUGGAACUUUAGCUACCUGGAAGUUUUCCUGUGCGACAUUUAAGGAAACGCACUAUACAGUUGUUGGAUCAAGGGGAAAUGUCUUCGUCCUUUUAAGGAAACCCACAGGAUGGGAUUAAAUUCUCGCACAUGCGGAGAGCGCGAAAGUAUCUUGUGUUUCAGAAUGAAGUCGUCCGAACUGACUCGUCUUGUCAUGGAAGUCCGCAACAGACACAGAUAUUCCGAUUAAUAUGCAAGUCAAUAAAUACCUUACGAUCGCGAUUCUCUUUGGAAUCGGGGGCCAGAGUGAGGGCGAGAAAUGCAAGUCAAAAAAGGAGGACCUGGAUGUGUGUCUGGGCCAAGUGGCUCCCCUCAUGCCCAAGAGUGGUCUACCCCAUACCCGACUUGAUCUUAACAAUAUGUGCAAGGCCUUCAAGGGCGGCAUGGCCUGCGUUGACAGGUACACCUCCAACUGCCUGAGCCCCGAGGAGAGAUCGGAGCAUGAUGACCUGAAGGGGGCGAGGUCGUUUCUGGCCUUUCUCUGCGACGACCCCGUUUUCCAAAAAGACUACUUGUCGCACGGGCCGUGCUUGCGGGAUGUGAGCAGCGACUGGGAGAAAUGCCACUUCCACUUCAAGCGCCUCGUGAGUCUUCAACACCAGGCCACCAACAUCACAGCCGCCGUCAGGGACCACAAUUUAUGCUGCAUCCGUGAGGGCUUCUUGUCUUGUGUGUACAGAGUCGGCUACUUCCGGUGCCAAAAACCCGAGGCCCUCUUCCUGAAGAAGGUGACGGCGACGUUGUCCUACAACGACAUUCAGGCGGAGAAAUGUCGGCAUGUCAACAGAAAGACUUGCUCACGCGCAAGCGACCAGUUCCUCAGCGUUCAGUACCGUUUGGAAUGGUCAUUAGCGGCGAAGUUUCUUUCGAUCUUGACAUUGCAAAGCUCUGCCUGGCUUCUUCUUCUAUAA